AUGGAUCCCGGUUUCGAAGGUCGAUUAUCUGCCUUGUUGGCAAUGAGUGAUAAUUUCAAUCUCGGAGAUGAUUCAAAGGAAGCAGAAACGGAAGUUGUCGAAGAAUUUGCUGCCAAUUCCAUCACAAAUGAGACUUUAAAGACAGUUGGCGAGUCUCUUGGUCGCAUCCACACAUGUUUCCCCGAAAUAACCGAAGUCGAGUUUGAAGGUCGCACUGAUUUUCCCAAGUCCUACAAGACUUUAAGCCUAAAAGAGCGACUUUUACUACUUUUUAGCGAAAAUUUCCGCCGUCAGUACAACGAAAAGUACCCGCAUCGCAAACCGCUGAUCUUGUGUCUCCUCAACGAAUGCGGAAUCCAAAAAUUUGUGGCAACAACUAUCAAACCCACGGUCUUUUUGUAUCCGGAACUCAUCGAUAACUGGCAGGGAGUGGCUUCUUUCGUCGCAGAUCACAUCCAAUACGAACCGCUAGAGGACCAAAUCAAAAUCCCGAAGCGCCUGUUGUCGCCCGAAACCGUAAUUCGACGUCGCAAGGGCAACAGCUUCGAAAUGGCAACGUUGCUAUGCAGCUUGUUGAUUGGCAACGGCUUUCCGGCAUGCGUUGUUUACGGAUAUGCAACACGUGAGGUCGUCAACAACGACUUGCGACGUGUCGAAUGUCCUUUUAUCCCGAAAAACGACGAAAAAGAGGACGAAACUGAUGUUUGUGUCAAACCUCCGAACAAAUACGCGUUGAAAGAACCUCCCGCGUUGGAAAGUAACUUCGUGCAGGAGAUGAAACAACGCGAAUUGGACGCGAUCCGCAAGUUAGAAGAAGAAAAAGAGGCUGAAGAACGUCGUCGCAUCGCCGAAAUCGAAAGUUUGGAACCUGACGAGUUCCAUGGAUCACGAAUUCAUGCAUGGGUCGCCAUAAUUCAGUUCGCGCAAUGGAGUUACAAGCCCGCGGAUCGCUUAAAAGACGAAAAUGGCGAGAAAUUUGCUCCAAAAGCGUUUUUUAUUGAACCUUCUACCGGAUUUCGGCACGAAGUCGACGACGAGGGAUAUUUGGCGGUUGAAGCUUUGUGGAAUCAGCACAAUUUUUACGUAAAUAUCCAGGAGCCCAUCACGGACAUCCAAAAUAUGCGAUGGGAUUUGUCCAAAACGCGAGAUUGGGAACAUCUUUUGCCCGGAGAGCCUUUCGAGUGUCGCGAAAAUCGCCCUUUGCCGGAUGACGUCGAAGCUCUGACCCUCGAUGAGGAGUUGGCGAAAGAGAAACAUCUCGAUAUGCCCGUUUCGUGGGUUUCGCGUUUCGAUAUUCUCCUGCCUGACUUUGAGGAACGCUUUGUGAACGGAGAAAAGACGGAAUUUUAUAAAAGAGCUGUUUACGAGAGAUUUGCGCCGUAUAAAAAGGAAGACGGGCUCGUCAAAAGAUUAACACUUUACAAAACUCUCGAGUACGAAGAGCCCUUUUUCCGUUGGGAAUGGUACGAAAACCGCGAUGACCUACUGGAAAUGGUCAAAGUUGACUUUAGCACGAAGCAAAUCGAGGAAUAUUUCCAAAAGGGACGAGCUGAUGCCAUGAAAGCCUUUUUCCGGAACACAGAUGACACAAAGGGGAAAAUUUUUAAAUUUUAUCACACGCCACGCUUUGAUGCCCUCAAGGAAUUGCAUUGUUACAGCGAUUACAUCAAGGAAUUCUACGAUAAACGCAAAGACCUGUUACACUAUCGCGAAUUCAAGACGUCAAAAAAAGUCCAGAUGAAAGGAAGUUUUAAUGCUGAAUCCACGAGAAAACUUACGCAGAUAACGGAAAAAUUUCAUCGGAAUGAAAAUUUGCCCGCAAUUCGUGAUAUUGCGAUUCGACACUUUUAUCUCAAUGAAAAUAAGAUUUUUUUGCAAUUUCAUUACGAUACGGAUUGUAUCACGGCUUCCACGAGAACUUUUCAAAAGUUGCCAGAGUCGGAAAUGGGAGAGGAUGUUCAAUUUGAUCCAGCGACAACAACAGGGUACAUCAGCAAUCCGAACGAUAAGCAAAUGUCGAACGUUGAAUUGUAUCUUUUGCUUAAGAAAUUGAUGCAGGAUGAGGAAAAGUCGUGCAAAGCGUAUCAGGAAAGGUUAGUUGAGGUUGAACAAAACUUGAAAAAUAGGCAGAUUCAACAUGAGAAUCCGAAAUUGAUGUUUACGAUUUUUGAUCCGUUGAGGAAUGAGGCAGCGAGGCAGUUGAGGAUGGAGAGAUAUGAACAAAUGAAGAUCCGUGAAGAACUCGCCAAAACCCAACUAGCUGACUUUUUGGCGCCAUAUCUCGUGCGUCUCGGCAGCGGCAGAAAACUCACCGCUGACGACUUGCAACGCGCCAAAACUGAAUGUCUCUCAGAUUUCCGCCAAUACUACCUCGACAUGCUAAACGAGUUGCAAAAACGUCACGAAGAGCUCAACAAAGAGGAGGAAUCCCUAAAACGCUUUCUGCACAAAUUCCAAUCGCAAUUCGACGACUUUGACUACGAAAAAUUCGUCAAGGAAGGCGAAAAUAUUGUGCGUAACAAACGGAUCAUCGAGAAACGCAUCGAAAGUGUGCGCGAAGAGCUCGAACGGAAAUAUCGCACGCUAAAGGAAACGCUGGACAAUGACGAACGACUUACGGAAAUUGAAAAGUCGCACGAAACAAAAUUAAAAUUUACUGAAUAA